GAAGAGAGAGAGCGGGUGGCGCGGAGGAGGUGAACGACAGCGCAGUCGACUAUCUGCUCCGGCACGGAGUCGCUCGUACACCUCGUCCUCUCGCUGCUCGUUCGUGUCUCCGCCGCAGGACCGGCGUCCUUAAGCGACGCGACGCGACGUGACGCGAAAAACCAACCGAUCGUACUCGUCUUUCCUCAAAGCGUCGCCUGGAUAGGCGAGGUUCAAGUCAAGGAACACAGAGAGCAGAUGGAAAGGCAACGAGAAAAAAUCAACUGAAAUCGCGAGCGAGUCGAUCGUUUUGGAAGGUGCCCUUUGGUAAGGAUGCGGUGAUCGCGAGAGUAGGCAACCGCGACGAGGAAGCCCUCGGAGGCUUCAGGCCGCCACGACGACGAUGCUGUUGCCGGCGGAUAUGCUGGCGGCUCAGUCCAAGAUGGUGUACCAGAUCAACAAGUAUUUCGGGGAACGCGUGAUGACCAGGAAGAGCCAGGUGAUGAAGACGAUCCAGGAGGUGUGCCGCGUGGUUCAAGACGUGUUGAAGGAGGUGGAGGUUCAAGAGCCGAGGUUCAUCUCGUCCCUGACCGACUACAACGGCCGGUUCGACGGCCUGGACGUGAUCUCGCCGACGGAGUUCGAGAUCGUCAUCUACCUGAAUCAAAUGGGGGUGCUGAACUUCGUGGACGACGGGACAUUGCCCGGUUGCGCGGUGUUGAAGCUCAGCGACGGCCGAAAACGGUCCAUGUCCCUCUGGGUGGAGUUCAUCACCGCGUCCGGCUACCUAUCCGCCCGAAAAAUCCGCUCGCGGUUCCAGACGCUUGUGGCGCAAGCGUGCGACAAGUGCGCCUACAGGGACUCGGUGAAGAUGAUCGCGGACACGACGGAGGUGAAACUCCGCAUCAGGGAGCGAUACGUGGUGCAGAUCACGCCGGCGUUCAAAUGCGCCGGCCUCUGGCCGAGAUCGGCCUCCCACUGGCCGAUCGCGCACAUACCCUGGCCCCAUCCGAACAUCGUGGCCGAGGUGAAGACGGAAGGUUUCGACAUGCUGUCGAAGGAGUGUAUCGGCCUCCAAGGGAAACAAUCGGCGAUGGAGGGCGACGCCUGGGCGUUGUCCUUCAUAGACGCGGAGAAUCGUUUGCUGCAGGGUGGCAGCCGAAAGCGUUGCCUGAGCAUUUUGAAAACACUGAGGGACAGACACCUCGAUCUACCGGGGAACCCGGUCACCAGCUACCACAUGAAGACGUUGCUGCUCUACGAGUGCGAGAAACACCCGCACGAAGCGGAAUGGGACGAGAUCUGCAUAGCGGAUCGGAUCAACGGGAUCCUUCUGCAGUUGAUCUCCUGCCUGCAGUGUCGCAGGUGUCCGCAUUAUUUCCUGCCGAACUUGGAUCUGUUCAAGGGCAAGUCGCCCAGCGGAUUGGAGAACGCGGCCAAGCAAGUGUGGAGACUCACCAGGGAGUUGUUGACGAAUAGCCGAGCUCUGGAGAAGCUGUAGCGAAAGAAAAUUUCCAUACGAUCCGCGCGUGCGGUGCCGCACGAGCGAGGGAAUGUCUUGUUACUCGUGCAAGAUCGAGGAAGAUCGGAAACGUCGCACGCCUGAGCCUCUGCACGUUGUCGGAAGAAUUCUCGAAGCUGGCGAAAGUGUUGGAAUCUCGAAAGUGUUUGGAAAACGACGGAAAACAAGCGCGUGUGAUUUUGUGACUCACGGGGUCCGAGGGCGAUCGAACCAGUGCCAUAAAACAUCCACCGAGACAUCGAGGGUCUCUGUUUCGCUCUCGAGUUGCCGACGGCGGCCACGUCGAGCCGCUUCUAACCGGUGUUACUCCAUUUCGUUGCUCCGAGCGUUUCGAAGGAGAGAGAGAGAGAUCGUGAUUUGAAUCUGAAGUUUGAGUUUGAUGUUACACGCGACUGCGAAUAAGACUACGACGACGAAAGUCACCGGUUACGAGUUAUGCUUAAUUCCUCUCUCUCUGAAUCGAACUCUGUCUCUUCCCCCUCCUUGUCAUUAUGUACAUAUUAUCUGAAAGAUAUUUAUUGAAAGUGUACACGAGAAUAUGUGAAAUACAAUGCUAUUUAUAUGGAACCGUA